AUCUCCUCAAUAGACCCAAACUGGGCCUCAAAAUUCCGUCUCUGGAUCUCAAUCUGUCUCAAAUAUUCCGCAUCAUCGUCAUUUCCACCCAUUUUCCCAAUCAACUUUGUUUAUAUUCUAUUCGCCUCUAUACAAAAAGCUCAUCUCAAAUUUUUUUUUUGUCUUUAUCCACAUUUUGGAACCGGCCACUCCAUCACCAAAUUCGAAAAGAUGAAUCAUAAAACAACCAUUAAACAAAGCCAUUUAAUACACCAAUCCUCAAUAUGACACGUUUCAGAGGGUGCAUCGACAUCCACUCGGGCCAAGUCAAGCAGAUCGUGGGAGGAACACUCCACAGCGACGACAACAACAACGCCAAUGCCAAUUCCCAAGAUCAUGGCCAAUUAUCCACAAAUUUCGUUUCAACUCAACCUUCAUCCUAUUAUGCUUCAUUGUACAAAGAGCACAAUGUCAAGGGGACCCAUGUGAUCAAACUAGGUUCGAAUAAAGCGAAUGAUGAAGCUGCGCUGGAGGCACUAAGGACAUGGCCUGGUGAGUUGCAGAUUGGUGGUGGUGUGAAUUAUGAGAAUGCUCAGUAUUGGAUAGAGAAUGGUGCUAGUCAUGUUAUUAUAACUUCUUGGUUAUUCCCGCAAGGUGAGUUUAGUAAAGAAAGAUUGGUUAAAUUGAGUGAAUUGAUUGGGAAGGAGAGGAUAGUUGUUGAUUUGAGUUGUAAAAGAAAGCCAAUUGUUGAAGGCGAUGAAGUUAAAUGGGUUGUGGCAAUUAAUAAAUGGCAAACAUUAACCAAUUUUGAAUUGAAUUAUGAAAAUUUUAAAGAAUUGAGUGAAAAUUGUGAUGAAUUCUUGGUUCAUGCGGCUGAUGUUGAAGGGUUAUGUAAAGGGAUUGAUGAAGAAUUGGUUUCAAAAUUAAGUGAAUGGUGUGAUAUUCCAAUUACUUAUGCUGGUGGUGCAAAGAAUAUUGAUGAUUUGAAAACUGUGGAGAGGUUAAGUAAGGGAAAAGUUGAUUUAACUUUUGGAAGUGCAUUAGAUAUAUUUGGAGGCAAACUUGUGAAAUUUCAAGAUUGUGUUGAAUGGAAUAAAGGUAAAUAAACAUUAUACUAUUAUACUAAUUUGCAUUUUAUCUAUACACUUUUUCCCCCAUUCAGUAGUUUGCACCACCGUAUUGACCAUAAGUUGAAGCAUUACCACCAUAAGCUGAAGCAUUACCUCCGGCACCAUUAUUAUUAUAUUGAGAUCCAGCUCCACGAGAAUAAGUUGAAAAAGCACCACCAUUAUAUUGAGAAUGAUUCCCACCAUAAGCAGUUCUAUUACCAUCUUGAUUCAAAGACAUGACUAUCCCAGCCACUUUUUUUUGUAAUUCAUCAAUCCCUCUUAAUACAACUUGAUCAGGAGUGAGUGAACCAAUAGUUUCCACAUUAACAUAAAAUUUAUUUGGUUCAGCUUU